AUAUAUUUUGUUACUCCUUAUCUCCACGUUGUCUCCCUUUGUUACGGGCUUUGAGCCGGUUCGUGACACUGGAUUGAAGAACACCUGGCAGCACAGUGGUAGAUUCUCUCUGUAUGACAACACUGGAGGAAACUACUUCAAGGUGAUCAUCAGACAACUGACCAGACAAGAUGAAAGGACCUACUGGUGUGGAGUGAACAAACCUACUGCACCUGACAGUUAUACCAAGGUAGAGCUGGAUGUCGAGAAUGAUGAUUGCUGUGAGAAGUCAGUCACAGAGACGGCCUUUCUGGGAGGAGAAGCUACCAUCAGAUGCAACUAUCCAGAGGACCAUGAGGACGACAUCAAGUAUUUCUGCAAGGAAAGCAAUGACUUCAAGACUUGUGUUUAUAUGGUUGCUGCUCACCAGACAUCUGCAGAAGCUGGUCGAUUCUCUCUGUCUGACAACAGAACAGAGAGAUUCUCCACAGUGACCAUCAGUGACCUGACUGAAGAUGAUACAGGGACCUACUGGUGUGGAGUAGAAACCAGCAGGACAGAACAACGUUACAGUACACUGAUCACACAGGUGAAGCUGCUUGUUAUAAUGAUCUCCAGGUCUCCUGCAACACCGUCCUCACCAACCUCUUCAUCCACCCCAGGGACCUCCACUUACCCUGUUCCCUCAUCUAUCUCCCCUUCAUCAUCCACAUCAUCAUCAUCAAUCCCAAUGGCGUUUGUAAUGAUCAUGGUGUCUGUGAGUCUGGCUGUGUUGGUGUUAACUGUCAUCCUGUUCACCGUCUACAGAUGGAAAUGUAACAAGGUGCAAGGGCCGGCUUCCUCCAGCAGACAGACCUCUAGCAGACCAAACAUCCACCCAGGAAACAGUGAGGAGGGGGACCAGGACUAUGAGAAUGACCCUGCUACAGACACCAUGGUUUAUAUAGGAACAGAUGAUGCUGUCUACCAAACCCUGAACCCCAACACUGCAAUCCAAGAUUCAAUUUAUCAAACCCUGAACCCCAACGCUGUAAACCAAGAUUCAACUUACCAAACCCUGAACACCAAUGCUGCAAACCAAGAUUCAACUUACCAAACCCUGAACCCAAACACUGUAGACUAAGAUUCAACGUACCAAACCCUGAACCCCAACACUGUUAACCAAGAUUCAACUUACCAAACCCUGAACCCCAACACUGUAAACCAAGAUUCAACUUCACAACCCCGAACCCCAACACUGUAAACUAAGAUUCAACUUACCAAACCCUGAACCCCAACACUGCAAACCAAGAUUCAACUUACGAAACCCUGAACCCCAACACUGCAAACCAAGAUUCAACUUACUACACCCUGAACACGAACACUUUGAACCAAGAUUCAACACACCAAACCCUGAACCCCAACACCAUAAUCAGUACCAUAAGACAGUAUCCAAGAUUCAACAUACCAAGCCCUGAACCAGAAGACUGCAAACCAAGUUUAAAUGUACCAAUCCCUGGAACUGCAAACAAAGACUGGAUUUAAGGACUAAUUGCAGUGUUUGAAGUGGAAGUGGUUCUAUUGCCUCCAAUAGACAGACUUUGUUUUCCCUGCGCAUGUGAACCCCCCAUCCAAAAGGUCAAAGUCUGACACCUGCUGUAGUAUAGGCUUCAAGCACUUUCUUUUACCAAAUAAAAAGUGACCUAAUAUUGGUUAUUUUUACCGUCCAAUAUCACUGGUGAACAUGUAUAUGAAAUGUAGACUCAGAGAAAUGACGUUGCCACGAGCAGCACCAGAGAUAUUGUGAUGAGCAAGAUGGUAGACUUCGCUCUCACACAGGUUCAUGCACAUGUGCACAGGUUCGCUUCAUGCUGUUACAGCGUGAUAGGUUUUGGACCAAAAGAGCAGAGAAGUCUACCCUCACGUUUCAACGCGCUUAGUUGUUGCGGAAAUUGACAGACUAUGUGUCAGGCCCUGACCUUUGUAUUCUUUGUUUUCUUUAUUAUUUUGGUUAGGUCAGAGUGUGACAUGGGUGAUAUUUGUGUUUUUGUUCCUGUCUAGGUGUUAUGUAUGU